AUACUAAAUGGUGCACUAUCCUUAUUGUUGUUGUUAACGAAAUUACAUACACUACACACUGGCACUGAACAUGGCUGCCAAACAUAUCUUCGUGUUGGACAAUGGCGGAUUUAACAUAAAAGCCGGCUUUGCAAAUAAUUCAGAACCACGAGUUAUGCCAAAUGCAGUGAUGAAAGCAAAGAGUGAGAGGAGAAGACCAUUCAUAGGAGAUCAGGUUGAUGAAUGCCGGGAUGUUUCUGGUCUCUACUACAUUCUACCAGUUCAGAAGGGCUAUCUGAUAAACUGGGAUACCCAAAAAGAUGUGUGGGAUUACUUGAUGGGGAAAGACUGUUUCAAUGUUCACAUAAAUACUAUGUCACUUGUUUUGACUCAACCAUAUUUGAAUUUCCAAUCUAUACAAGAAGGACUUUGUGAAUACUGGUUUGAAGAAAUGGAAUGUGAAUCUCUUCUUACAAUUAACCCUGGAACACUGAGCGCCUACAAAUAUGGAAAGGAAAACCCCUCAGAACUCUGCUGCUUGGUCGUGGAUUGUGGUUACAGUUUUACUCAUCUGAUUCCUUAUGUACAAGGAAAGAAGAUCACAGAAUUUGUUCAUAGAAUCGAAAUUGGUGGGAAAAUGUUGACCAACCAUUUGAAAGACAUAAUUUCGUAUAGGCAAUUGAAUGUCAUGGAUGAAACGUAUGUUAUCAACCAGUUGAAAGAAGACACCUGCUUUGUAUCAACAGAUUUCAAUGGCGACAUGGCGAUAGCUCAAAAGAAAGGGAAAGACAAUCCAUACGUCGUAGAUUACGUCCUUCCAGAUUUCACAACCAUUCGGAGAGGGUACAUGCGACCGAAGGAUGAAGCAGGGUCAGGUGAACAGGUUAUAAGGAUGAACAAUGAAAGGUUCGCUGUCCCCGAGUUACUCUUCCACCCGUCUGAUAUUGGAAUCCAGCAGAUGGGCGUAUCAGAAGCCAUCGUCUACGUGAUUGAACAGUUUCCAUCGGAAGUGCAGUAUCAUUUGUACAAGAACAUUCUACUGAUUGGUGGAUCCUGCUCUUUGCCCAACUUUAAAGAAAGGGUAGAAAAAGAUGUGCGAACAAUGGCUCCGGCCGAAUGCGAAGUCCGCAUCAAUUUGGCAUCCAACCCAGUCACAGAUGCCUGGCGUGGCGGGUGUGUCUUAACGAAAGAUCCCCAUUUUUCUUCCCAACUUGUGACACGACGAGAAUACGAAGAACAUGGAUUUUCAUUGUGUCAGCAACGAUUCGAUGUGUGAUUUAGGUGAUUCAAUAAAGUAUCGGUUUUUUUUG